AUGAAUCCGCAUAAGGCUGUUGCGUCAAGGAUCACCGGGGAGAAGGUUUCUCCACCGUUGAGAAACCUUUCACCAAAAGAACAAGACUUCAUUAUGGCUGACUCGCCAGAGACUUCACCUCCUGCCCCGGAUACACCUAAUGCAGAAUCAAAUGGGACAACAUCACCGCCUAUACCACCUGCUUCAUCUCCACCUUCCCCUGAUUCUGCUCCUCCUCCAACACCACCAGAUUCUUCACCUCCGCCUGCACCACCCACGCAGGAAACCUCACCUCCUCCCUCAUUGCCAUCAUCUCCUCCUGCUGUACCUAAUCCACCACCGCAAACUCCACAGAAUCCUUCUCCACCUUCUCCUGAAGGCUCAUCUCCUGUAACGCCACCUGCACCGCCUCAAACACCGUCUAUCCAAUCACCUCCUUUACCAAGACCAUCUCCUCCUUCACCUGCUGCCAAUGAUGACCGUAACAGAACCAAGGGUAACAACAGAGACGGUUCCACACCGUCUCCACCGUCUGGAAACAGAGGUUCCAGUGACGGUGGCUCACCUUCACCGCCUCGCCCAAUAAGCCCUCCACGGAAUAGUGGAGAUUCAGACACGGCAUUACCACCAGGGGAACAUCAGCACCAACCCAACAUUGGAUUGAUUAUUGGAGUCAUUGUAGGAGCAGGGCUAUUGCUUCUACUUCUAAUGUUUAUUUGCCUCUGUUGCUACAAGAGGAGUAAGAAGAAACGUGCUCCUCAAGUCAACCACAUGCACUAUUACAACAAUAACACUCCCUUUGGAGCUCCCAAUGGUAAUGGUGGUUAUUACAACAAUGGAACACCUCAAGAACAUGUAGUGAACAUGGAUAACCAAGGAGGAGGAAACUGGGGGGGCCAACAACAACCUGUGUCCGGUCCUCUUAGCGACAGCUCUUACUUAACCGUACCGUCGCCUCCAGCUGCCACUCUUGGUCACAACCAAAGCACUUUCACCUACGAUGAACUCUCCCUUGCAACAGAAGGUUUCUCUGAGUCAAAUCUGCUAGGACAAGGAGGAUUUGGGUAUGUUCAUAAAGGGGUUUUACCCAGUGGCAAAGAAGUUGCAGUGAAGAGUCUUAAAGUUGGAAGUGGACAAGGAGAACGUGAGUUUCAAGCAGAGGUUGAGAUCAUCAGCCGUGUCCAUCAUCGUCAUCUUGUCUCUCUUGUUGGAUAUUGCAUCUCUGGUGGUCAAAGGCUAUUGGUUUAUGAGUUUUUACCUAAUAACACUCUUGAAUUCCAUCUUCAUGGAAAGGGUCGUCCAGUAUUGGAUUGGCAUAUAAGAGUGAAGAUUGCAUUAGGAUCAGCUAGAGGUCUCGCAUAUUUGCACGAAGACUGUCAUCCUCGCAUUAUCCAUAGAGAUAUCAAAGCUGCAAAUAUACUUCUGGAUUUCAGUUUUGAAACUCAGGUUGCAGAUUUCGGAUUAGCUAAGCUAUCUCAAGACAACUAUACUCAUGUCUCCACUCGUGUCAUGGGGACUUUUGGAUACUUAGCUCCAGAGUAUGCGUCAAGUGGAAAGUUAUCAGACAAAUCUGAUGUUUUCUCCUUUGGGGUAAUGCUUCUUGAGCUCAUAACCGGACGACCUCCAGUGGAUCUAACCGGAGAAAUGGAAGACAGCUUAGUAGAUUGGGCAAGGCCUUUGUGUUCGAAAGCAGCUCAAGAUGGAGAUUACAGCCAGUUAGCAGAUCCACGUCUAGAGACAAAUUAUGAUCAACAAGAGAUGGUUAGAAUGGCUUCUUGUGCAGCUGCAGCUAUCAGACACUCAGCAAGAAGACGUCCUAAGAUGAGCCAGAUUGUAAGAGCACUAGAAGGAGAUAUGUCAAUAGAGGAUCUAAGCGAAGGAGGAAGAGCAGCACAGAACACGUAUUUGAGCCCUGGAAGUGGGAGCUCGGAGUAUGACACGAGAUCGUACAGUGCAGACAUGAAAAAGUUUAGGAAGUUGGCAUUAGAGAGUAAAGAGUAUCAAACAAAUGAGUAUGGUUUGAAUCCUUCUACUUCAACUAGUGAAGAGAUGGAUAGAGGUUCAGUGAAGCCCAGUCCUCAAAUUUAA